UGCCUCUCAUUGUGUGUGAAGGUAGCUGGUCUGAUAGCGAUGGACAUCUGAACUGCAUUGCUUCAAACUGUUCAGCACAAGCUCCGUCAUGUUCCUGGUUCUGCCUCGUUCCUGAUUGCCACGCUUAUGCAACCUGGAAUUGCGUGGUGUUAACAGUAUGGUCUGAAUAUGCGUUGCCUGGCAGCUCGGGUCAGCUAUAAGACUUUGAUUAUCAUCUGCGCACUCUUCACUCUGAUCACAGUGCUUCUGUGGAAUAAGUGUUCCAGUGACAAGACGAUCCAGUUUCCACGGCACCUGAGCAGUGGCUUCAGAGUGGACGGACUCGAGAAGAGGGCAGUGGCGUCUGAGAGUGACAGCUACGUGAAGCACCUGGCCCGACAGCAGUCCGAGGAGGCCUUCCCUCCCGAGCAGCAGAAAGCUCCCCCUGUCGUGGGAAACAAGGUGUUGGGGCUCAAGUAUGAAGAAAUCGACUGUCUCAUAAAUGAUGAACACACAAUUAAAGGGAGACGAGAGGGGAAUGAAGUCUUUCUUCCAUUCACUUGGGUGGAGAAAUAUUUCGAUGUUUAUGGGAAGGUGGUUCAGUACGAUGGCUACGAUCGGUUUGAGUUCUCCCACAGCUACUCCAAGGUUUAUGCACAGAGAGCCCCUUACCACCCCGAUGGCGUGUUCAUGUCCUUCGAAGGCUACAACGUGGAAGUCCGGGAUAGAGUCAAGUGCAUCAGUGGGGUUGAAGGUGUGCCCUUGUCUACACAGUGGGGACCACAAGGCUAUUUCUACCCAAUCCAGAUUGCACAGUACGGGCUGAGUCAUUACAGCAAGAAUCUGACCGAGAAGCCGCCACACAUAGAGGUCUAUGAGACAGCAGAGGACAGGGACAAGGGCAGCAAGGCUAGCGACUGGGCCGUGCCCAAGGGCUGCUUUAUGGCUAGUGUGGCUGACAAGGCCAGAUUCACCAAUGUGAAGCAGUUCAUUGCUCCAGAAACCAGUGAAGGCGUGUCCUUGCCACUGGGAAACACAAGAGACUUUAUCAUCUCAUUUGACCUCAAGUUCUUGACAAACGGGAGCGUGUCCGUGGUUCUCGAGACAACGGAAAAGAACCAGCUCUUCACCGUGCACUACGUCUCCAAUACCCAGCUGAUUGCUCUUAAAGACAGAGACGUUUACUACGGCAUCGGGCCCAGGACCUCGUGGAGUACAGUCACCAGGGACCUGGUCACGGACCUCAGGAAAGGAGUGGGUCUUUCCAACACAAAAGCCGUCAAGCCAACCAAAAUCAUGCCCAAAAAGGUGGUUAGGUUGAUCGCCAAAGGGAAGGGCUUCCUCGACAACAUCACCAUCUCCACCACAGCGCACAUGGCCGCCUUCUUCGCCGCGAGUGACUGGCUGGUGAGGAACCAGGACGAGAGAGGCGGCUGGCCGAUAAUGGUGACCCGCAAGUUAGGGGAAGGGUUCAAGUCUUUAGAGCCGGGGUGGUACUCUGCCAUGGCCCAAGGACAAGCCAUUUCUACGCUCGUCAGGGCCUAUCUGUUAACGAAAGACCACAUCUUCCUCAAUUCAGCUUUAAGGGCGACAGCCCCUUACAAGUACCUGUCGGAGCAGCACGGGGUGAAAGCCGUUUUCAUGAAUAAACACGACUGGUAUGAAGAAUACCCAACCACACCCAGCUCCUUCGUCCUGAACGGCUUUAUGUAUUCUUUAAUUGGGCUGUACGACUUAAAAGAAACUGCAGGGGAAAAACUCGGCCAAGAAGCGAGGUCCUUGUACGAGCGCGGCAUGGAGUCCCUGAAAGCCAUGCUCCCGCUCUAUGACACCGGCUCAGGCACCAUCUACGACCUCCGACACUUCAUGCUCGGCAUCGCGCCCAACCUGGCCCGCUGGGACUACCACACCACCCACAUCAACCAGCUGCAGCUGCUCAGCACCAUCGAUGAGUCACCCGUCUUCAAGGAGUUCGUGAAGAGGUGGAAGAGCUACCUGAAGGGCAGCAGGGCCAAGCACAACUAGGGCUGCCAGCCAGAAGCCCGCGCCAGCCUCUGCUGCCCACCGGAGCCCCGGGCUCCAGCCCGGCAGGCCGUGGGCACGUUUUAAAAGGCUGUGCGCCGGCUGUUUGCGGAUGACAUCAGAGCCAUCGGUGACUCUUCAAGGCAGCCUUCUGAAGCACCUGCGUUCCACGAGCUGGCGUUUUAACUCAGGAAGUGGCCUUGAACGGAGAGUGUUUAGUCAGCGGGCCAUAACAAUGCCCUGGCCUGUCGCCACGUCCAGUUCCCCGGAUGGUCCAGACGUGCUGAGCUUGGCCCAGGCCAGCUUGGGACAAAACUCUUUUAAAAUGUGAUUAUUUAUAUUUAUAUUGAAAGCAGACUUUGAAAACGAAGCGUGUGCUGUCAUUCCGUAACUGUGUCCUCGUAGCCUGGAUGGUGGGUCGUGUUCAGCUUCUCUCUGUAGCCUAAUUUCCUGGGAGUCAGUGAGCUCUUGUUGCAUUUGUUCAAUUUGCUAUAUAUGUGGAGAAUAUUUUGGAUUACGAUUUUCUUCAAAACGUGCAAAUCAAAAACACACCCACAGUGUUCAGGCGUCACAGUUCUAUAACGUAAGCACAACUAAAACAAAGCGUGUUGACUGCACAAGGGAUUACACAACGUUUCCUGUUUUAUGAAACUUGACCUACAAUCAGUAAGAGUUUGAUAAUCAGUGUGUCCUUCCUGCACGCCAUGGUCUCUGUGUGGAACCCUGUCCUCUCUGACUACACUUGAGAGUCCUGUCCAUCUUGCGGACAUGAUUUGGGAUGUUUAUUACGAACCUGAGUCUGGGAAGGGGCUGGUGAUUUCAAGUCCACUGCCACUCCCUCUUAGGUCUCGUUCCCCCCUGUGAGGACAGACACCCGCUCAGAGAUGACAGGAGAGAGUCAUGGAGUCGAGCAUCCCUUAGCAAACCACGGGUUCUGUGUGCUGGUGUUGGGACGGCCGGCUGUCACAAGGGGUGCUGCCAAGAGUGCUAGCUGUGGGCGAUCGGGUCUUUCUUUAGGGGUUCAGCCCCUGCCGUACCUCACCUCGGGGGCUUCAGGCAGCGAGUUUAUACGAAGCGGGUGGUUCUGCCCUGACUCUGGUGGUCCUGCAUGGCAGUGCGCUGAGUCAGUGCUGUCCCUUGCCCAAUGGAGACCAGGAGGCCUGCGUGUUCCUUCAGGGGACAGAGUUGACCAGCACAGCACAGCUUCUCUGGGCCUGGGGUGCACACUGAAGAGAUGGCUGGGUUAACUUGCCUACACACCGUCUUCAUUGAGUUUGGCCUACCAAGCACUGCUUAGAAACAGGAAAACAGAUCACAUGUUUAUGUAUAUAGUUUAUAAGAUGUAGCAUCAAAGGGGGCAGGAGUGAAGAAGGCGAAGAGCUGCCCGGAAUAUUAAACCAGCCAUAAAAAAGCGAGCGUAAGCUUCCGCUUUGUGUGACCACAAUUCUUCAUUUUCCCCACAACCAAAAGAGUUGUAGGUGAAUAUGCUUUCUCCCAGCCUUGGGCCUUUUACAAGCUGUCUCAGCAACGUUUAGACUGCAUCUUCUCUGUCUCAGCAAUAAAAAUGAGGACUGCCUCAUUUUUAUUUUGGGUGAUGCUUUUCAAAAAUAAACUUUCUGCCCUCUGGGAGCCCCCUUUUCUUUAUCCUAGUGUUGGGAUUUACGGUGGGCCAGACUUGCGCUCUGAGUUCGCUUGACAGUCUUGAGAUGUAGGGAGUCCGUGAGGACAGCAUGGUACCGCCUCUGCGGCAGACACCAGUGCCUUAACCGUGCGGCUGUCCUCUUCCCGGAGGGAGGCGAGGCUUCCCCCGCCCCGAGUGGCAGUGCCCUGCCAUUCCUGGUGGGUCACGCCGCCUUCCACGUGGCAGCAGCAGCAGCCUGGUCAGUGGUGUGAUCUCAGCCUGCUCUGAGAGCGCGAGGGGAACCUGUAGCCACGUUGUCAGUGCAGACUGGUGCACCGGCUGCCUCGCCGCUGCCUGGGAGCCGGCUGGGAUGCAGGCCCUGCGGAGCUGGGAAGCCCGCCUCUGAGGCAGAGCGGUCUGCAUCUUGAGCAAGCCUGCAGGCCAGCCAGGGCUGUGUGGGGAGCACAGCACAGAUGAUCCAUGUCAUUGUUGUCCACAAAGAGAUGUGGCUUUUUGUAAGGUUUUAAAUCACGUAAAAUGUUUACUUAUUCUGAGCUUAGAAAGACUAGGGGGAGGGCAUUUGACCUUUUAAUCUUGUUUAUUUUGGGAAAAUGUUAUAAUAGGUGUUGGGUUUUGUUUGGUUUUUUUUGUUUGGUUUUUUUUUUGCUUAUCUUGAGUUCGCUUGGAUGGUACAUCUAUUGCCAUUUCAGUCUUAAAAACAGCCACAUGUUUCUGGAUGAAGGUCAAGUUCGAUGACUCAUCCAGGACCUGCACUGUCCGCGGUGGCCUCACCCAGGAUCUACCCAGGGUACCAGAAAUGGCACACAAGCACAAUUCUCCAGAUGCGACCCUCCCUGUCCUUUGUCAGCGUGAAAGCAUCACUGACAGCUGCUAUCCCCGCCCCCUCUGUCGUCCGUGUGGGUUUGACACCAUGUGUUAAAUAUGCAAUAAAGUGUUUACCGGAUGCCCUCCUGCUGGGGGUCUUUUGUAAGGCUGUACAGAUUUUGCCGUUUAAGCACAAUGUGCACCUGUUAGUUUUCUAUACAGCAAAACUUGAUUUUUUUGCAAAUGGAAAGGUAUUUUGUUUCUAUACAGAGUAAAUGGAUUGUUUGUGCUUAAUGUAAAACUGCUUUAUAAAAUUGUAAAAUAAAGUUUUCAUCUUAAAAGGAA